GGCAAGUUUGCUGACAUGGUUCUCUUAUCAAGUGUAAAUUUGACUAACACAGAUAAGGAGUAUAAAAUGGCGUCGAGGUACCUUCUGUUUGCUCUGGUGUAUUUUGUUGGAGCUCAACCAGCUUGUGAAGACCUUAACACGGCUGCCUGCUCUCUGUUCCUCGCCAGUAAACCAGAUCUAUGUCAGGACCAGGCUCUCUCCGCCAACUGUAAACGAUUUUGUGGACAAUGCCCUCUGGUAUGUUACGAUUGUCCAACGGCUGUUAGCAGUCCAGAUAAUUGCACAGCGACCAAAACAUGUGCGCUAGGAGAGGUUUGCAUGCAGAAGACCCACAAGAAUCCAGACGGUUCUAAAGAAUUUAUAAUGUCAUGCGAAUCUAAAACGACAUGUGAAGGUCUCAGUUUGGGUUUCCAUUCUGUCAUUGGUAAACGCAGUGAUGGCGGUACUGCCAUCGAACAUGUUCGCCGGGACUUGAGUUUUCACUGUUGCGAUGUAGAUAAGUGCAACUACCCGAUGGAAUUCAUGACAACCACCACAGCCCCUACUACAAUGAUGACCACGUUACCGACGACGACACUGAAACCGCUUCAUAACUGUUCACGAGAUAUAGUUUUCGUACUUGACGGCUCCACAAGCGUGGGAGGUGUAAACCAUAACUACAUGAAGACGUUCGUUCAGAAACUGAUCGCUGGUUUGACAAUAGGACCUAUGGACUCCCUUGUCGCCGUGGUGGAAUACAGUGACACGGCGCGGGUUGAGUGGUACCUUACUGACCAUACGUCUGUUCGAGACCUAGAGAAUGCCGCAAUUAAUAUCCCUUAUGUCCGUGGCUCUACUGGAACACACGCUGCGUUUUAUCUCGUACACAGUUCUGUCCUUACAGCCAGGCAUGGUGCCCGGCCUAACGCCAAAGAUGUUGUAAUCAUCCUUACUGACGGUGGAACCGACAUACCAGACCUCGCCGUUAACGAGGCUAAAAAACUACAAGACGACGGUGUUACUAUUAUUGCUGUCGGUGUCGGACCAAACGCCGACUCGCAGGAACUUCUCCAGUAUGUGAAACAGGGACACGUAUAUAACGUCAAAUAUUUCAACACACUGCCUUAUAUUGUAAGCGCCAUUGCAUCUAAUCUAUGUGAAUAGAAGUGCGAUAAGUU